GCACAAGCGCACGUGUUCUGUCGCCCACAUCGAGCCUUAUGAGCACGCCACCGCUCUCUCCAACAAGCUCAGUGAGCAGCCAGUUCUCGACAAAGGAUUCCCUCACCACCGUGGCAUCCAACGACCAUGGCCGCUACAGUCGCACGUGGGAAUUCGGCUCUGAGCUCUUCUCGCUGACGCCGCCGGGUUCGCCGACCAGGCCGAAGCCGAUGAAGCUCAAGAUGCUCGCGGCGAGGAAGAGGCGACAAUGCUGGGGUUCAGCUCAUUGGCGCCCAUGUAUCCUGAAGUUGGCAAGCAAGCGAGCAAGGUCCACGUCCGCACCGAGGAGAUGCCUCGCGCCCGCGAGGCGCUCCCUAGGCCGGCUAGCUCCUCUCCUCCACCAACACUGGCGUCGAGCACGCGGCAACAAAUUCACGAGGAGUUUAUUGCGCUACUUACGUCCGGGGAUAGGAGCCGCUACGGCCGCGCCCAACAAGUUAAUUCGAAGUUUCGUACGCCGCUCGCCCCGCCCGCCGAACCUUCAAGACCGGCGAAACUCGAUGCGUUGGCCGUAUACGAGGCUAAGAUGGACGUGGAGGACAAGGCGUUCCCGCCGAUGCGCACAGAGCCCGAACCAAAGAAGAAGGCCAUCGAGGUUUCAGUCCGUGAAGUCCCGUACUAUAGUGGGUCGAUGAAAGGCGCUUUCGCUUCGAGUGACGAGCCCCGCUAUGUGUUCCCCCGCGUCCGCGACACGUACAAUCAGGCCCCAAGCUCGUACACGAGCUUGCUCAGCGAACUGGACGACUACCUGUUGAGCCUGUCCCCUGCCGCAAGCGACCCUCGCACAGCAAGCGUGUACGGCCACCGAUCCUCCACGCACGUUGUGGCUCGAGAGUGGAAGACCGUCGAGGAGUACGCCGCCUUCGUCCAGAACAUUCUCGCAGACUCGAAGACCCGUUACCGUCCCUAAGCGAGCAAGAGGAUCCUCGAACGCAGUGCGACACCCAGACUGAACUCGACCAGCCGAAGGCAACAGACGGCACGGAAAGCGAGACGGCUGCCUUCAAGAAACCAAGCGGCUUGCGAGACGCGGUUACUCGAGCGGCGCCUCGGGGCUUGAGUCUGCCGUGGAAGAAGUCGAUGAAGCAGGGUCUUCAGAAGGUCAAGCGGUGGAUCAGGAUUAUCGGGUCAAAGAAGCCUUCAUUGGCCGACGCGGCCGAAUGAACGGGUUGAUGCUCUGGAAGGAAUGGAUUCCGUGAGUUUUCCUUGAGCUGUGGUGUUGUGUACGGGUCACUUAGGGAG